AUGGUGUUUGGGGAUUCGGGUUCGCCCGGGGAGCCGCCGCUGGAGGAGCAGGUGGUGGAUGCACGUUCUGUUCAGGAUUUCUCGCUCAUUGAGCCAACCAACGCAACAGAGACGGUGGAGGCACAGUUUGCCAAUGCAGUAGUUGCAACUCAACCCGACCCAGCCAGUGCUACCCUUUCCAUUACAGAAAUUCGAUUUGCCAUUGAAAGCCAAUUUGGAAACCAGGCCGUCCCUGUAGCCAUCACGCGAUUUCGUUCAGAUUUCGUGAUCCAGUUUGCCACGCUCCAUGAGAGAGACACUGUCGCUUUGGCAGAAAUACUGAGCGGCCACAAUUUUAGCAUGCUUCUUCUCCCUUGGUCUAGCCAAUAUGGAGCUACGACUGUCGAUUGGAAUACUGCAGUGACUAUAGACAUAUCAGGCUUCCCACCUCAUGCAUUUGAUCCAGCCACCUUAGGACCACUGCUUUCACGUCACUGUUCUAUCCAAACCUAUCAAUUCAUCAAGUCCAAAGGUAUUUGUCGUAUUGAUGCCUACACACUUAGCACAAGAUCUAUCCCCAAAAACGGCUACAUGGGAUUCCAAUAUCAGAAAGUAGAUGGUGUGCGCAACGUGGUGUUUCCUGUCACAAUGAAAACAUACCUAUACUCUGAAGCCCCAAAACUUGAGGAGGAACCUGGUGGGCUUGAUGCUCCUGUGGAAAAAACUGACUCCGUCGCUUCAUGGGACACAGCUGAAGAGCUAGGCUAUGACAGGGAGGUGCUCGAAGAAGCCUAUGAUCGCCAACAUAGAGCCAACAUGAGACUUGAACGAUCAGGAUACUAUGGACAUGCAAAUUGCAGCACCUUCCUCUUCCUACACCACUUCUUCUGAUCAGCCUUUCUACCUGCCCAGAGAUUACUCCUCCGAUAGCAUUGAAUCAGAUCGAAGUUGGAAGCUCUAUUGACGCUGGACAUAUUGAUGGAAACUUCAGGACUGGCAGAACUUCUCUUUUGGUGUUCGACUUAGCUGUUUGUUUCGAACCAUCAGUUUUUAGUAUUAUGUGAACAUCGGACGUGUAUAAUUCUAACCUAGAGAUUCAUCGUCUCAGCUGUAGAUGGUGGCUCUAUAUACUAGUAUUUGCUAAUAUGGGUGACCAUAUAUAUGUACGCUAUUGGCCAUCUGACCUCGAUUUGGAUCAAAACAAAUGCAUGCACCGGUGCUAGCCCGCGCGCAUGGGCGCGCCUAAUACACUAGUGUAAGAUAAAAUCCCGAUAAAAAAAAGUCUGUAAUAAGAUAAAUCAAGCAUGGA